UUAGCUGCGGCAAGCUUGACCUGCAGCGAGGACACCAGGAUUUCUCAAUUUCUCCAAAUCCAAGCCCGAGCCCGAGCUCUGAUGGGCCCUGGCACUGCUUCCCGCCACCUGCCUUCUCCUCCAGCUCGCGCCCUGAGUGACCACGGCCCCAGCCUCCGCCCCUCGACGCCGUCUCCAGGGCGCUGGACGCCAGGCGGGCAGCGGGCUCGGGAUGCGGAGAGUGAGCGCGAUUUCAGGGCAAGUUACUGUUUUCAGAAUCCAAGUGAAAUCUAACACUAUAAAACAAUGCCAAGAGCAAACGAAGGAAAGCAAAGAUCUGAAGGGGCACCCUGCCCAUCGUUUUGAUUCUUCAAGUUUCUGAAAACGUAUGAGAAGCACUGUGUGCAGUCUCAGCCAUCCAUGUGUCCAGCUGUCAAAAGGGACCUGAAAAGCAGCAUUGACAGUGACCAGGUGCUCAGGAAGUUUAUGCUUGUAAGACCUGAUGACUCCCCACCAAGAAUCCCACCAGUUUCCCUGGAACCUUUGCUCACAAUUCAAGAUGAGUGUUACACACUGGAGAAAGAGAUCUGCAUCUGUGGCCUUCAACUGAGCGACUCAGAGAUUGCCAGACUUGAAGUGACCCGGCUAUGGGCCCUCUGCACAGGAAACUGUGGGAACUUGGGCUGGGCUCAUGUGUUGACUCCAAUCCAGAUGCUUCCAUCUGAGGAGCUCCUAGUUGCUGAAUCUGCACAGUCCAGUUCUCAGUGGACCUCCAACUCCUAAUCAUAUUUAGGGCUAUGGCCGGGCGAGGUGUAAGUGCUCCAAGGGACAUGGAUGAAUCUGGAGAACGUCAUCCUCAGCAAACUGACACAAGAACAGAAAAUGAAACACCGCAUAUUCUCACUCAUAGGCGGGUGAUGAAAAAUGAGAACACAUGGACACAGAAAGGGGAGUACUAAACACUGGGGUCUA